CACACCCAAUGACAUCAUCAGCGCAGACUGAUGGUCGCUUCGUAUUAAGCUCUUUAAUGGUUGGCAGGUGUAUGGCACGUUGUUUGUGUUCAUUUGGAAACGAUUUUGAGCUUUAUUACAAACAUAUUAAUUUGCAGUCAGACGAAGCCUAAAGAAAAUGUGCGCUAAUUGGACACGUUGAAACUGAAUGAAGGAAUGAUACAGUUUAUUUGAGAAGGUUUCCGUGUUGUGUAUAUACGGAAUGUCGUUCAUUUACUUUUUAUCUUACUGGAAAAGCGAGCUCGUUAAAUAAGUUCGUAUUGUUGUGUCCUCUCGCAUUAUGGGUUUGGAAGUACUGGUGUAUGUUCCUAACAUAAUAGGCUAUAUAAGAGUGCUGCUUCUGCUGUCUGCCACUUGGUUUUUCGACAACCCUUUGCUGUUCAUUCCUUGCUAUGUAUCUUCUGUCAUUCUGGAUGGUGUUGAUGGUUAUGCAGCCCGGAAGCUCAAACAGGUAUCUGAAUUUGGAGCAUGGUUCGAUGUAGUUAUAGAUAUACUAGGACGUGGAAUUUUAUGGAGCAUCCUAUUCAGGUGGGGCUAUUUUAUUGCGGCACUGGAGUGGUGUGUGUUUGUUUGUACUCAUAAUUCCUUGGGAGCUGAUUGGAAGAACAAGUUUGGAAGUAGCCCUUGGUGGGUACAAAGAGUUAUGGCUAAUGGAUUUAAAACUCCUGUUGGUUUCUUUGCAAUUGCUGGGCUUCAUGUCCUUCCCAUCUGGCUUUAUGGAUAUACGCAUGGGGUCCUAAAAGAUGCGCUAUGUAUGCCGCACCAUUUUCAGUGGCUGGGAAUACUGCUGCUUUGUGCAGGAAGGAUUCUUUGUAUGAGUGUAGAGGUGUGGUGCAUCUGGAACCAUAUUCAACUCCUUACUGAAAAGGAUGACAAUGUGAACAAAAGAGUUACUUCUUGAUUUAUCUCAGUUUGCUUAGGCAGUGUAUUAAUGUGUGUUCAAGAAUUAAAUUGUCCUGCUGGUUGAUAUUGGAUUUAGAUAAGAUGAUUGUACUUUCUGGGGAAAAGCAGCAAUCAGGUUAUUUAUUUUGUUUCAGAGAGAUAAUAAAAGUAGAAAGGACUAUUAACUUGUCGCUGCUCAUAUUUAUAUAGCUGUAAUCACACAGACAUAUCCACCAAAGACAAGUGACGUUCCUGGAGAACCUGUUGAAGGCAAAACUUGCUGUUUUGGAGUGUGGAACAAUGAAUAUGCAAAAACACAGCAUCUUUUCUUGACUUCAGUUUAUGUAAAAAAUUGUACUGUUUCAGUUGAGGCAUAGCAGUCGUGUUUAUCUUCCUUUACUUUGCUACAGAUGUUACAUUACUGAUGAAAUUGAUCAUUAUAUGGAUACCCAUUAUUCAGUUGUUCUACAGAGUCAAUGGCUUGUUUUAAGAAUUUUAAUCUGUCUGCUCUACCUGAAUUAAUGACUUUCUAUACCAAAAGAUGAAUCAAUAGGCCAUGUGCAACCCUGAUUGACUCUAAUUCAGCAGUUAUGGAAAGUGUACAGUCCAUUGGAGUUACAUCACACUUAGGGAUGUUAUACAGUCACCUUGCAAGUUGCAAAGCUCUGGCUGGCUAGUGUGCUGCAGAUGUAGUGACACUUCAUAUAAACCUCAUUGUGUUUAGAAUCAACAUAGAUGAAAAAGCAUUAGUGUCCCUGCUUUUACACCCCUUUCUCAUGAUCUGGAACUUAUCCACAACUUGAUAGUCAGUAACAGGCUUAAACUCAAUACCCCAAAGACAAUUGCUUUGAUGGUACAUGCUAUGCUGAGGGAUUGUUCCCUUCCAGUCCUGUUACUUGGUAUAUUUUUUAUAGUGCAGCAAGCUUUCUUUUGUGUUGAAGGUGCAUGGUCUUGGUGUGAUACUUGAUAGAUUAACCCUUAAGGACCAUAUUUCUUCUUUUGUCAAGUCUUUGUUUCCACCUGGGGAACAUCAGCCUUAAUAAGCACCCGGGCUUGGUGUUAGUAUUUUGGGGACCUCCAGCAAGUAUCAAGCUGGGGCCCCCUGGAAACUUCCAGUGUAAGUAUCACCAUGUCAUUGCUACCCCUCGUAAGUAACCUUUUAGUCCAUAUUGCAAAGUUUUAGGAGUAGUACACACAGACUGCACUGUAGCUACAGUGGUCUUACAUUAUGACAUAUGCCUUCAUUCUGCACAUCUUGGCCCAUCUCACAGAGGAGUAUUCAAAGUGACUGGCAUUUAGUUGCAGUGAUAUUACAUUACAACCCUAUGUAAAGAGCCAUCAUUAAAUGAAAUGGUGCCCUCGGCGAAUGGCUCUGUGCCCCCCCACUACCUAGUGUGUCACUCCCCAUGUGCAUGUUCUGCAGUGCCCGCCCUGGUUUCCUCUAUCCUUGGCUUCUUGUACCAUGCAAAUUACUUUUUGUCUUCAUUUUCUCAUGUUUUGCUUUACUCUUCAGCUUUUUCUAUAAGCUGUGGCUUUCUAGAUGCCCUAAUAAACUUUUCAGAAUUGUUUAAUAACGUUUUCAUCCAUUGAUGACCUGAAAAGAAUUAUGACUAAGGAAAGAAAUUCAGUAUUAUUGCUCAACAUUACUUUUCUUUGCAUCAUUUCAACAUACCUUAACUGGAAAAUACAGCACAAUAUUUACUGUGUAGGAAAUAACUGAAUUAAGUGUGUGGGGGGUCUGGGGGCCACUAGGCUCCCAGAAGCCAUAGGGUUAUUUAAGCUCUGAGAUGCAUUUUUCCAACCUUUUGAUCCAGUGGAGGCCUGAACAAAAUCAUGAGUAAGUAAGAAAUUCAAUCUAAUCUUUUUUCAAGAAAGAUGCAAGUCAAAGGCUUAAUGUUCAAAGCUCACAAAAUACUAGCUCACACUAAACUAACAAGACAGAUGUUUGAGAGGAUACAUAAAUUCUAUCUAGAAUGCUGCCUGCCUCAUACCCCCCCCCCCAAAAAAAAAAAGACAAGUCAUUGUCUGUGCAAUCUCUUGGUGUUAGAUUGGGCUGAAAGCAGAGGCACAAAUGUCUGCAGUCAUGUAUUUCAGUUGACUACUGUCAUGCAUAUACACAGCAUGUCUCCUCACCAGUAUCCAUCAAAAGGCAGCCACUGUAUGCAUGCCUGAUGUGUGAUUGUGAGGAAUGUGGAAAAAUAAUGAUCACAGUAACAUACAAACUACAGUAGCAUUCUGUACAAACCUCUGAGCUGGGUUGGUUUCAGAAUGGGUGUGGUUGAGGGAAGAGGCCACUACUGAGCCCAUAUGUAAAUCCAUUUACACAGUCUGAGAUUCGGGGACCACUAGAGCCCUCUAAGAGUCUGAAUGUUCUGCGAUGUAUUUUAUGCCUUAUUUUAAAAGAUAAUUUCUUGCCAACUGCAUUGUUUGCUGCUUCCCAGAAGAGUUAUGUAUGUGUCCAGCAUUAUUGUGUUUGUUGGCAGAUAUAAAUUGGUAAUAUUUUAUACUGACACUGUUCCUGACAAGCCAGGUCUGUCACAAGAUACACAAACAUGCUAUACACUCCCCUUCAGAGAAACUCAACUCCAUUUUACCUAUUGCAUAUUUUUGGGGUGCCAGAGGAAAAGAGUGCCCAUAGGUCAAGCCAUACAGAGACAAUGAGGGCAUGUAAACUCCACAUAGAAAAAGCUACAUCCAAGAAUUUGACCAGCUUGGUGAAGUUUGUGAAAUGGUAGUGCUACUCAGUGAGCCACUCUAGCAAUGAGCAGUUGCUUUCACGCUCAUACUACAUUUGCCAAACUGCCAAAGAUAACCACCUAUUACUUGCAAGGUAUUUGUGAUGGCAAGUGAAAGGAAUUAUGAUCAAUUUGUUACUCUGAAAACACAGUGCAACCUUUCCUGCAUGCUUAAGCAGAACUGCAAUGCCAAAGAUGUUUGUGAUAGAAAGUAGAAGAAAUGAUGGGGGGCUUAUUACAGUUAAUACAGCAAACCAAUCCCACUCCCCUCCAAAGACGCAUACAAGCCAUACCAAUAUUCAUUUUACACUGAUUUCAGCAACUGGCUAUACACUGAGUGACACUAGUACUGCUACACCAUAUCAGUGGCAGUUGUUUAGCAGUCAUCAAACAGCAGCAGGGGUAAGUCAGUUUUAUUCACCUCUACCUGUCAUUCUCCCAGAUUUCACAGAAUGUCCCUAAAUUUUGCUUCAUGGUUUUUAACCUGUCAGUCAUUAAAUUUUGGAUUUGAUUGUUAAUCAUUCAGAAUUACAGUCACUAAAGCCAAACAGUUUUGUACUUCCUAGUGUUCAGAAAAUGCAUGGUGAGGCAAACGUGUUUAUUCACUUUUUAAGUGAAUUAGAGUAAUAUGUAAAAAAAAAAAAAAAAAAAAAAAAAAAAGGCAAUUGAUUUUGAGCUUAUAUGCCUCCAUUAUUUUGAGCUUUGCCCAGAAUUCUUGAGCAAAGGUUUUAAAUAGUGAUAGUAUCAGGUAUCCUGCCAGUAUGUGUAAAACUUCCCAAAACAAAAAAAAAAUCCCUGAAGUUUGGGAGUGUCUGCUCUUAUUAAAAUCCCAAGUAAGCACUGAGAUCAGUCAAUCUGGACUGCCAGUCUCUCGCACCUAUCUCACUUAAAUGUGUUAGCUAAUUACCAGCUUUAUCCUCACUGGGUAAUAGCACAGAGUAAACUUUAUUUUAUACCGUAUUUUUCCCCUACCAGUGGUAACUUUUGUUGGAUCCCCACACAGUCAAGGACUAUCUGGGGAGGUGUUGGGGCAUAGCCUUGGGUAUGGCAAGUGCCUAAUGACAGCUGUGUUGAUAGCUUUAGUUAUAGAAUUCCCACCAGCAUGAUUUUACUAAAGGAAGGGCACUAUGUCAGUAGUAAUUAAUUAAAUGAAAUUAAGUAGCCUGAUGCUUGCCAAAAACAGUGUCACUAUGACCAAAGAUAUCUUUGAAUUUUAAAACAGAAGUGAUGCCAUUCCUAAGGAUUCUUCAUUCUAGGAGUUAUUACCCAUGAAUAACACAAGAUUGCUGUAGUAUUAGCUUUUGUUGGUUUGACAAAUGUGUAAAAAAAAGCAAAUAACUUGCUUUGGUUGGAAGACUACUUCAUAUCCUUAUAGUGAGGGAGCAAAGUCCUUUCCUCUUUUGCAAACUGCUGGGAUAGCCUGGGGCCUUGCAAUUCAACACAGCCUCUUUAUCCAGGUUGUAUACAUCCCCUCAGAACAAAACUCAGUGGCAGAUUACUUCAGCAGAUCCAAGACAGACCAUCACAAAUGGAUGUUGAACACGUGUCUUCAUUCAGGUUGCCCAUAGGUGGGAACUCCUCAGACAUAUUUUUUUGUCUCCACACUAAAUGGACAAUUCAGACUUUUUUUUUGCACCAGAGUCCAUUACAAAGACGUCCGAAGAGUAAACAUCUUUUCUUUUACACAGAAAAGAAAAUUCCUGUUUGCCUUCCCUCAUUUUCCAUUCAUUCCAAAGUUCUUCUAAAGCGUCAGAAAAACAACCCAAAGAUGUUUUUGGUAACCCCCUUUUGGUCCAGACAACAGUGGUUCUCCCUUCUUCUUCACCUACCUGUGGCCAGUCACCACAAGUUACUUCACAGGAUGGACUUGCUCAUAAAAGAAAAAGGUAUUUUUCAUUCACCCAAACCCUAAAGGUGUGAAUGAUAGGCUUCUGAUUGCUUCCAGGCAGCAUUGUUCUGAGGACUUGCAACAAGUAAUAAAGGAACCAAGAAAAUCUUGUUUCUAAAUGAAAAAUAUUUUCUGUAUGGUACUGCAGUACAGGACAGGACCCAUUCCAAGUGGGGAUGCCUAUUACCCUCAAGUACUUGUGUAAGCUGCUCAACUCAGGCCUACCAUACACUUCUGUUAAAGUGCAUCUGUCAGCCACUUCAGCUUGUUUGCCUAUUGGUCCUUCUCUUUCUUCAUGUUAUGAGGUCAGUUUUUAAAGGUUUCCUCUACAUCAGGCUUCCUAGGAAAUGCAUUCUUUCCCCUUGGGAUCUUAACUAUGUUCUUGAAAAAUUAACUUUGUCACCUUUUUAACCUGCUUUUUGUGCCUCCUUGAAAUGUUUAACUUGGAAGACAGUUUUAUUAGUGGCAAUAAUUUCUGUCAAAGGGUUUCUAAGAUGUAGGGUCUCGUGUUCUCCUUUUUCCUCAACCAGUGGUAGCCUUUGUUGGCUCCACACAUAGUCAAUGAUGAUCAGGGGAGGAUAUCUUAGACCUAGCCCUUUCUUUAUGCCAAAUGUUGUUACUGAGAUGUUUUUAAAUCACUCUGUCCCUCAUUCUGCCUUAUUUCUCAAUCCAAAAAAAUAAAGGUGAAAGAAGUCUACAUUUGUUGUAUGUCCACAGACAACUUAGAAUGCUCAUCAUUUUCUUUGCUGCAGUAGUCUUUGGCUAUACGGGUUGUAUCCUGCCUAGGAUACAACUGUCCAGCUUCACAAAGCUCUGGUUCCUUCCCACACCUGUAAUAUGACUGCUGAUUGGCUAGCCCCUUUUGCUAUCACAUGCUGUCUCUAUCAGCUUCCCCUCUGCUUCUGAUUAAUGAUGUAAGAACUAAGAUUUGAUGUACGGUACUUUCUGUACCCAUCUUAAACUCUUGAGUUAAUUGUCAUUACUUCCCCUCUAUAUGGGGAAUUCCUUAUGUAUUGGAGAUGUAUGAAUGACUAACAUAUUGUUUUUUGUAAAUAACACCUUUUAAACUCUCAUGCUACAAGUGGGAAUUCAAGCAUUAUAAUGCAUGUUUAUAUUAACCUCAAGUGUACUGUACUGUUUUGUAAACAUUUUUGUGGUGCAUGUAAUACUUUGUGGAGCUUUUCUCCUCUGGCCUCUGAUGAAAAGGGGCACAAGCUCAGACAUUCCCAGUCAACAAAUGUCAAAUAAAUAAACAGUCAAGAGUAUAGGAAACCUUGAGAUAAAGCAGCUCAGAAGCUUCACAGCAGCAGCAGUCAGCUUUAAGCUUAAUUUCUGGCAGAUAAGUACCUACAGGGGAACCUUCCCACACAGAAAUUAUUACCCUUUUAAGAAAAUAUUUCUUUAUUUUUUGACUAUAAGCAGUUAUUUCCCCUUUUAAAAUAUAUUUUUCUUAAUGGAACUGCUAUUUUUAGCUUAGGGCUUACUUUCUAAAUAUUAGGGCAAAUUUUGUGGUAAAUGUGUAUUGCUUGUGAAAACUUUGAACUGUUAAUGUAAAUUUAUGGAUCAGGAUUUUUUUUCAUGAUGGGAAACAUUUGUGUAUGUUUUAAGCCUGUGUUCACUUUGUUAUAACUUACAUUUUGUAUUUUUUUCAUCAGUGCACUUCUGUGUAAAGUGCUUUGUUUCUGACGGGUAUUUUUGUAUUCUGCUUGUGCUUUAACUGCGAAAAGGGGGCUAUGUGAAGUGUGUUUGGUGCUUGGGAACACUUGUCUGACAACUUACCUUCAGACCAACUCAUUCCAGUAGAUCUUGCUAGCAAUCAGACUUCUUCCUUGGCUAUAGCAUGGAUACUUAGUCUGAUCUUGUUAAUUCUUCUUAUGCUGUACCUCAAAAGAAAAAAAAUAAAGAAAAGAGCUUUUGCUUCCACCUCAUGCUAAAA